GGAGUAAUUUCAGUAGUGUCUAAUCAGAACUACGGGAAUCCUAAUUCUUGCACGUAUGAUCGGUAUAGGGCUGAAAGCUCAUUGCAUGUAUCUCAGCUGAAGUAUGCUGAAGUAUGUAUGGUCGUAAAUUCGCUGGAUGUUGCCUUACUCUUCUCCAACCCCAUGUUACUUGGUGCCGUCGCUUUUACCUGCUCUUGGGAAGAUGCGGUUCAUUUCAGGGGUAGCAGGCAAUCCGACCCGAUAUCUCUCACUAUAAUAGAAAACAACGCUGUGGCGCAAGCACGGCCUUCCCGGCCCGUAGCGGUAGAUAUGAUAGGUUUCAACGCAUAUGGCCGAUUUAAAACUCCUGCAUGUGCGACCUCAUAGCCUGCUAGACGUGGCAAUCAGAAAACAUUUAAGUAUCCAAUGAACAAACACGAUCGUAUCACAGCCAGAAAGCAAUCUCUUCUGCCAUAGCUCUAUAAAGCACUUCGGCCUUACUUAUGCUUGUUCCCGGCUCUCCUGUUUCUUCACAACAUUAGAACGACCGGGCUGUUACUAGGGCUUGAGCGUUAUGGUAGGCUACAAGAAGUGUGUAAAGGGGUAUUGGUGUAGUUUCACAGGAAAAGUUUUCCGGGGAUCGGUGGCAAGUAUUUUGUGUCCUAAGCACCAGCCUGUCCAAACAGAGCCGCCAUUU